AUGAAUUUUGUUGCACCUAAACAACGUCAACAAUGGUUAAGUCAAGCCGAAGAUUAUGCUGAUAUUUUUCUUCAACGAACGAAAUACUUUUUACCACAUCUAGCUCGACUAUGUUUGAUAUCUACAUUUAUUGAAGAUGGUCUUCGUAUGUGGAUGCAAUGGAGUCAACAACGAGAUUACAUUAUGAGUUCUUGGAAUGUUGUAUGGUUUCUUGGCACAUGUUUUGUUAUAAUUAAUCUAUUCGGGCAAUUAACCCCAUGCGUAAUGAUUUUACUUCGAAAGAAAACUGAUAUUGCUUGUGCUAUAUUAUUCUUCAUCAUUGCAUUCCAAUCGAUUGCAUAUCGAAUUAUAUGGGAACCACGUUUUCUACUCAGGUCAUGUUCGCUAGUCGGUGGUCUCAUGCUACUAAUGGUUGAAAAUCGUAAGGAGGCACGCACUUUAUUUGCUGGUGUACCAACAAUGCAUAACAAUGCACCAAAGAAUUAUAUGCAAUUAGCGGGUCGUCUUUUACUUGUUAUUAUGUUUUUAACAAUUGUUCGUCUUGAUUUUACAUUUAUUUCGACAAUUCAAAAUAUAAUUGGUGGUAUCUGUAUUUUAUGUGUUGCAAUAGGCUUUAAGACAAAACUAUCAGCUUUGUUUCUUGUUUUAUUUUUAUCGAUUUCCAAUAUUUAUACAAACGCUUUCUGGCGUGCUAAUAAUCAUCGUGCAUUACAAGACUUUUUAAAAUAUGAUUUCUUUCAAACAAUGUCGGUUAUUGGUGGCCUAUUAUAUGUUGUUGCACUUGGUCCUGGCGGAGUAUCGGUUGAUGCAAGAAAAAAAGAAUGGUAA